AUCCAUCUCUCUCUCUCUCAGUCUCAGCUCUGCAAGCUUCGCCUGCAGCAAGCACGACCAGUCAGCACGCAGAGGUCAGAUAGCUAGCAAGCUACACCUACUGCAAGUCUGCAACUCAGGAGCCCAUGGCCGCUUCCUCCUGCUUCUCGUCCCCCGCCACGGCGUUUGCGGCGUGCUGCAUGCUCUUGCUCGCCCUAUCUGGAGCCGCGCUCGGUCACCGUCCCAGCGGCGGCGGCGGCUCGGCGCUGAGCUCCACGUUCUACGACGCGACCUGCCCCAGCGCCUACGACGUCGUCCGGCGCGUCAUCCAGGACGCGCGCGUCUCCGACGCUCGCAUCCCGGCCAGCCUCAUCCGCCUCCAUUUCCACGACUGUUUCGUCACCGGUUGCGACGGCUCGCUCCUGCUGGACGACGACCUCCCGGCGAUCCAGACCGAGAAGCGUGUGCCCGCCAACAACAACUCGGCGCGUGGCUUUCCGGUGGUCGACGACAUCAAGAGCGCGCUGGAGGAAGCGUGCCCCGGCAUCGUCUCCUGCGCCGACAUCCUCGCCCUUGCAGCUGAGAUCUCCGUCGAACUCGCUGGAGGACCACGGUGGAGCGUGCUUCUUGGCCGGCGAGACGGCACGACGACCAACGUCCAGAGCGCCAGGAACCUGCCCAACUUCUUCGACCCCCUGAGCGUCCUCCAGGAGAAGUUUAGAAACGUCAACCUCGACGACACUGACCUCGUCGCCCUCCAAGGAGCGCACACAUUCGGCAAAGUGCAGUGCCAAUUCACGCAGCAGAAUUGCACGGCCGGGCAGUCUAGAGGCGCAUUGGAGAACUUGGACCAGGUCACACCCAAGGUGUUCGACAACAAGUAUUACAGCAACCUCUUACAGGGCCACGCUCAGCUCCCGUCCGACCAGGUUAUGCUGUCGGACCCUUCUGCGGCUGCGACCACGGCUCCCAUUGUUCAUCGGUUCGCAGGCAACCAACAGGAGUUUUUCAGAAACUUCGCAGCAUCCAUGAUUAAGAUGGGAAACAUUAGCCCACUGACAGGGAAGGAUGGGGAGAUCAGGAACAACUGCCGGAGGGUUAACAAACGCUACUGAAUCUGAAUAUAUUGGUCCAAUUCGAUUGAUUCCAUUUUUCUCUUAACCAAAAUGUGAGGCUUUUGUGUAAAUGAUUCUUCUGUUUCCAUUUCUCAAUCUUUGUAACCGUAAGGUGUUUCUCUUACAUUUUCCCCUUCUGUAAAGCAAAUGUAAAAACGUUCUCAUGC